CAAUGUUGUUUUACUGAUAUUUUAACUGUUUAGUUAGCUUAUACAUAUAUUAUAUUAACUCCAUUAAUUUAAAUAAAUUUUAUAUUUUUCAUUAAAAUGUGGAAAGCAGUUGGGUCACUUUUUAUUUUGCUCUUUAUGUUAAUCGUUUCAACAAUUGGACAGUAUAGUAAACAGUUGCCAUGCUUUCGAUCUGACAACGGACAUCUAUGCGUCGACAGUGCCAGUAGUCGCAAUAUUUCUUUGAGUACUAAAGGAAAAGGAUUCAUAAACGUGAAUAAUGAAAACUUACUCCAAAUUAUCGGACUGGCUAAAGAAGCUUCGAAACUAAUCGAUUCGUUUCGAUCAAACGAUUUGCCUGAGUUUGUGGAUACAAUGAACAAAUUUGUGCCACUGAUAGAUGGCCCGAGAAGUAUAUCCAGUCGAGUUACCGCUCUAGAAAUGAAAAUUAUAAAUGCGUCAUCGAAAUUCUCUACUAAGGGAAAAGGUGGAACGACGUUCACCGCAGAUAGAUUAGAAGUCAGAUUGACCAAUUUGGAAAAGAAAAUCACCAAUCUCGUUAGUCUUUUAUCGAUUAGCGAAUGCUUGAGUAACCCUUGCCAAAAUGGUGGCACAUGUGUGGAUCUUUAUAACGGAUUUCAAUGUAAUUGUCCAAAUAAUUGGCAGGGUAGAUUGUGUGAACUAGACGUAGACGAAUGUGUACGGUACAUGUACACGGACUUAGGGUGUCAAAACGGAGCGGAAUGCAAGAACACGCCUGGAAGUUACAAGUGCGCAUGUGCGACUAACUGGUUUGGGUUGCACUGUACGAAAAGGAAGAACGAUUGCAACGCGGAAAUGUCGUCGGAGCUAUGCGGCAAAGGCGUGUGCAUCAAUCAACCGUCGACGGUCGGUUACACGUGCAUUUGCAAUCAGGGUUGGACCACCACGAACAGCAGACAUCAUCCGGCUUGUACGAAAGACGUGGACGAAUGCAAGGAAAACAAGCACACUUGCUCGACAAACCCACCGGUCGAGUGCAGGAACACUAGAGGGUCGUUUACUUGCGGAAACUGUCCCGCGGGCUUCGAGGGAGACGGUUUUGUGUGUACUGACAUCAACGAGUGUUUGGUGAAUAACGGUGGGUGCAGCGUGAAUCCCAGAGUUCAGUGCAUUAACACGAGAGGCUCGUUUAAGUGUGAAUUAUGUCCGCCUGGUUAUAGUGGCGAUGGAUUUAAUUGUGUCUAUAAAUCUGGAGGAGCGUGUGCAAUAGACAACGGAGGGUGUCAUCCAAAUGCUGAGUGCACUGUUUAUGCUGAAACAACAAUUCAGUGUACAUGUCGGCAAGGGUAUUAUGGUAAUGGAAUAGGGUUGAACGGAUGCAUAAAAAACGAUAGAACUAUAGAUCCUUGCCUGAAUAAUCCUUGUGGUCCCCAUGGUGUGUGCCUUUCAAAUUCAACUAAUAGUUUAUUGUGUCAGUGUGACAUGGGUUAUACAGGACGAACAUGUAAUAUUUCCGUAGAAAAUCCAUGCUUAAUAAAUCCCUGCCUAAAUGGAGAAUGCGUCCAUGACCCAGAAUCCAAUGAAUUUCAUUGUCAUUGUUAUGAGGAUUAUUUUGGAAACUUAUGUGGAUCAUUUUUAGAAGAAUGUGGCGGCUCUUUUGACACAAAUAAUGGAUCAAUACAGUAUCCAGAGUCAAAUACAACAUUAACAUAUAAGAGCAACAUGAAUUGUGCGUGGAUGAUUGAUGUCAAUUUGUCUCAAGUCAUAAAUAUAUCUUUUGUUUGGAUUGAUAUUGAAAAAUCAAUAAAUUGUUCUUCGGAUUAUGUUGAAAUUAAAAACAACAACGACGAAGAUGGUAAGAUGUUGGGUAGAUUUUGUGGAAAUAAAUUACCUAUACACAAUAGCAUUAUUUUGGAUUCAAAUUCAGCGAUAAUACAUUUUCGAUCUGACGGAUCCACAAAUUAUCGAGGUUUUCAGUUAAACUACACAGCAAUACAACCAGACUGUGGUGGCACAUUCAAUAUCGAUUCUCACGGGACAUUAUCUUCUCCUGGUUCUCCAGGAAAAUAUCCAAAUAAUCGUGACUGUUAUUGGACAUUGAAUGCCAUUCCAGGAAAAAGAAUUCAAUUAAAUUUCUUCUCAUUAAGCUUUGAGCACCAUAUAAAUUGUAGUUAUGAUUAUUUAGAGAUUAGAGAUGGUUUUACUCAACACAGUCCAGUGUUGGCGAAAUUAUGCGACACCUCUUCUAAUGGUUUACCUCCCCCUAUAUUGACUUCAGGUCCACAUGCAAGUUUGCACUUCCAUUCCGACGCUUCUGGCCAAGACUACGGGUUUCAAAUUACGUAUGGCGUAAUUGAAGGUGUACCUGGGUGUGGUGGAACUUAUACAAGCAUGUCUGGAAUCAUAUCUUCUCCUCUACAUUUGACAAGUGAUAGCUUUAACGAUUUGGAAAGUUUGAAUUGUGAGUGGCAUAUACAAAUUCCACUUCAACAGAAACUCAAACUUGAAUUCGUUAAGAAGCUUAGCACUAAAUAUUCUACAAAUUGUUCAAAAGAAUUCUUGGAAAUUCACGAUGGCCCCAAUUUAAAAUCUCCAUUAAUUGGUCGUUAUUGUGGUUCAACUAGAUAUGAUCAACCAAUAACCACAAACAGUAAUGAAGUUACUCUUCUUUUUAUAGCAAAUUUUUCAUCAAUAAUUGAAGGGUUUACAAUUAAAUAUGAAACAUUAUGUGGUGGAACAUUUGUUGCUAGUGACGGUAUAAUUGAAUCGCCAUUCUAUCCAAAACCUUACCCUCAAAAAAAAAUAUGUGAGUAUCUAAUCGAACAAUCAGUUGGCAAAGUUAUUCGAUUAUCAUUUUUGGAUAUUGAUAUGGGUCCUACGCAUCCAUUGUGUUUUUUUAAUUCGUUAGAGAUCAGAGACGGGGACAAUGCGAAUUCAACUAUAAUCGCAUUGCUAUGUGAAAAUAUUCAAAAACUUCCAAAACUUCCAUACAUAUCGACACAUAAUUAUAUGUGGUUAAAAUUUUCGAAUAAAUAUAUUAAUUCUUAUAAAGGAUUUCGAGCUAACUAUUCAACCAUUGAUAUAACAUGUGGUGGUAUAUUAAAGCAAUCAUCCGGUACCAUAGAAUCACCGAAAAAUCCGGAACAAUAUUUAAAAAAUCAGAUUUGUAAAUGGAUUAUAUCUGUUAAUGAAUCUAGUCAUAUACGAUUAAAUUGGAUAUCAUUUUCCUUGGAUAACCAUCUCACUUGUAAUAAUGACUAUGUUGAAGUCUAUGAUAAUAGUAUUCAAGGAAACGCAUCAAAAAUUGCCAAAUAUUGUGGAUCUAAAGUUCCACCUGUAUUGACUUCAUUAGGUAAUCGUCUAACAAUCGUAUAUAAAACUGAUCAUUUAGGAGCACUGGAUGGCUUCAUGUUAAAUUAUACUUCUUUAAAUAAAGCACAAGCAUGUGGUGGAAACUUCUUCACUUCAGAAGGUUUUAUUACGUCGCCAAAUUUCCCAGAUAAGUAUCCCAAACAAAUGAAUUGUAUAUGGACCAUAAAUGUACCAGUUUCAAAUCAGAUUGAGUUGAACAUCACUCAAUUUUCUCUCGAAGAAAGUUUUGAGUGUGAACUUGAUUUUCUUGAAAUUCGAAAUGGUGGAUAUUCUACAUCACCUUUAAUCGGGAAGUAUUGUGGUUCUACAAUUCUUCCUACUAUAUCUUCAUCAGGAAAUUUACUUUAUAUAAGAUUUGUAUCUGAUGGGUCUGUUGGACUUACAGGUUUCUUUAUGCAAUGGAAUUUAAUUGGCAGAGGUUGUGGUGGAACAUUGAAUUCUGGUAAAGGGCAUAUCGUAUCUCCUAACUAUCCAUUACCUGUACUAGAAACAUUAGAAUGUUAUUACAAGAUAUCUGUGGAACAAGGAAGUCGUAUCAGUAUAAUAGAUCUACAGUUAGUAACAGAUAGUGUUCCUGGAUUAUUGUGUAAUGACGAUUUUCUUGAAUUUUAUGAUGGUGGAAGUUCUGCUAGUAAAUUAUUAGGAACAUUUUGUAAUUUUACUCAGUCAUAUACAGUUUUACAUUCGACAUCAAAUCAAAUGUAUAUUAAAUUUAGAAAUAGUGGUUUUUCCAGAGGUAGAGGUUUUUCGUUAACAUAUACUACUGACUGUCAUGUAAAUUUAAAGGGAUAUCAAGGUGCAAUUGAAAUGGUUAAAGAAAAAUAUACAAUCAGAGAUACAUGUGUGUGGACAAUUAUGGCUCCCAGAGGAAGUAAAAUUAAUAUAACUUUUACUGAAUUUAAAAUAUCACCGCAAAUCAUGAGGUGGUUACGAUUCCAUCCAGGCGACUACGACGACCACGACGUUGACGACCACGAAGAGAGUUUACUUUCAUCUUUCUGGUAUAUUCGCGAUCGAAAUUUACAGUAUCAUAAUAUGCUUUCAAACGUUUUUCAUUCUUAUUGUAAAGACACUAAAUUAAUUAUAACUGAAGGAGCAAACAGUAACGAAAUUAAUACUAUCUUGUGGAAAAAUAACUGUUCUAUGGAACCUCAUACUGUGAUAUCUUCAACUAAGAACAUUGUUAGAAUUACUUAUAGUUUCAAAAUCGAUACAUACAAUGUGAAUGAUGAGUUCAAUAAAUUUCGUAUCGAAUGGAUAGUAGAUGGUUGUGGAGGAGUGUUAAAUAAAUUGCAAGGAGAAUUUACAUCACCCGAAUAUCCUAGAUUUUAUAGUUUGAGUACAACUUGUGAAUGGAGUAUUAUAAUCGAUGAUGGACAUAUUGUAGAAAUAACUAUAGAAGAUUUGUGGUUUGAAACCUCAGGAUCUUGUUUAAUUGAUUACUUAGCUAUUUACAAUGGAUAUGAUUAUUCAGCCCCGGAACUGUUAAGAAUAUGCCAUAAACAAACAAGUCCAAUUACAUUGACGUCUAGUGGAAAUGAAGUUUUUGUAAGAUUUGAAUCAGUCGAAGAGUCUCAGAGAAAACGUUUUAAAGCUACAUACCGGACUAUUGAAUCGAAAUGUGGCGGAAUUUUUACUGCACCUCAGGGGGUUAUCCAUACUAGCAAUUAUCCGCAGAGCUAUGAUUCUCACAGUUCUUGUACGUGGAAUAUAGAGGUAGCAGAAACUCAUUUAAUUAAUCUUACAUUCAUCGACUUCAGUACUCAGAGUUCGCAUCAAGGGAAUAAUGAUAUCGUCCUAGUAUAUGAUGGUAAUAUACAUGGGAAAUUGCUCCUCAACCACUCUGGAAAUAGUAUACCACCACCUGUUAUGUCUUUAUCAAAUAAACUCCUUAUAUCCUUUGAAGUUGGUAAACAUGAAUUCCAAGCGAAAGGGUUUAAAGCAAUAUAUUCCACGGCAUGUGGUGCAAAAUUAAUAACAAAUGAUUCGGGAAUUAUAACUAAUAAUCCAUAUUUUACAAAUGGUGAACUCCAGAACUGUACUUGGACUAUUAUAUCUGAUAUACCUCAAUCAAAAGUCACUUUAACGUUUACUCAUAUAGACAUAGCACAUAUCGUAAAAGAUAUUAAAACAGUAGAAAAGUCAAAUAUAACUGAACGUCCGUGUUCUAAUGAUUUAUUUUACACAAUAUUUCGAAUUUUGGAUGGCCCAGAUUCAGAUGCACCUGAAAUAACUAAAUUUUGUAAGUCAAAUCCAAUACCACCGCCUAUUGUCAGUAAUGGACCGGCUAUGCGUAUAGAAUUCACAGAUAAAUCUGGUGCGUUGGAUUCAUUUAUAGCUCUGUAUUCUGUAAGAUCAGUAGCAUGCGGUGGAAAUUAUGACUCGGUAAGAGGAUCGAUUUCUUCACCAAACUAUCCAAAUAAUUAUUUUAGAGAUACAGAAUGUGUAUGGACAUUAAAGUCCUCCGUUGGAAAUCUCGUGUCUUUGAAUUUCAUUGCUUUUGAAUUAGAAGAAGACGAGUUUUGCAAUGAAGAUUAUGUGGAAAUUAGGGAAGGGGAUUCUGUCGGUCCAGUCUUAGGUAUUUUUUGUGGACCAAAUUUUCCAUCUAAUGUUACUUCGGGUUCAACACUUUGGGUCAAAUUUCAUUCCAAUUCUGUUGGCUCAGCUAAAGGAUUCACUGCAGAUUUUAAAUAUGUUUCUGAAAUCUACAAGUCACAGCAGUCAGGGAAAAUCUCUAGUCCAAUGUAUCCCAGACCAUAUAGAGAUAGUGAAGAUUAUUCGUGGACAAUAAUGGUAGAUAAAAAAAAAAAAGUUCAAAUUGUGAUAAAUGACUUUAUAUCCACAUCAGAAAUUCACGAAUUAAAAAUAUACGAUGGAAGUAAUGUCGAAACAUUAAUUUUAUUUGAACUAAGCUCUACAGAUAAUAACAAUAUAGAAUCAAAGAAAACUAUCAUAUCAAGCGCUAACACUGUUUUCAUACGAUUGAAAGCAGGGGAGAAAAGAGUUGGAGGUAUUAGGUUUUUGCUAUCGUGGACACAAAUAGAUGCGCUAUAUUCGAACAAAGUAUAUCCAAUGUUGGAAUAUAAUUCCAACAGUACAAGUUUUGACUAUUAUUUAUCAUCAAGCUCUAAUACAAGUGUGACUAUUACAAGCCCUGGUUAUCCUCAUGGUUAUGAACCAAAUCUCAAUGUAACUUGGAUAUUACACACUGAAUCACAUUAUCAUAUUGAUAUUGAACUUAUGGACAUAGAUUUUUAUCCAAUUCGUUCAGCUUCGAAUACGCAUCAUGGGGAUUACCUGAACGUAGAAACCGUUGAUCCUGAUACGGCAAAUACAAUAUUGUUGAAAACAGUGUAUGCAAACCCCAAACAAAUAAAUGAUAAAAGUAUAGUCGGAAAGAAUAAAGUAAUAUUAACGUUUAUAUCAAACAAGUCAUUAAAUGGUACCGGAUUUAAAGUUGAAGCAAAAUUACAAUGUGGAGGUCAAUUGCGAGGACCAACAGGAGUCAUUAGUUUAUCUAAUACAUCUAGUCUUUUUGAAUUAUCGCACUCGUAUCAACUUCGGUGCACAUGGAAUAUCACUGUACGACCGGGAAGAACAAUUUUAGUGAAACUUAUAACCAUAAAAUUGGCUUCAUUCAGUCCAUGUGUAGAUGGUUAUAUUUUGUUGAAAAAUGGAUUUUACGAGGAUUCGUCGUUUAUAGGCAAAGGAAAAUACUGUAAUGAAUCUAAAGAAUCAACAUUGUUUACCACUGAUAAUAUGUUACAAAUCAAUGCUGUACUAGAUGAGGGAGACAGUAUAAUCAAAAUAGCGUUUGAAGAAAAAUCAAUAAACUGUGGUGGACAAAUUUCUUUGAAUGAUGCAUACAGCAUUACCCAAAUUACAUCUCCUUCAUAUCCAAAUAUACCUCCAGCCCACAUAGAAUGCGUCUGGACAGUAGUUGCACCGGCUACCGAACGGAUAUCUGUAACCAUUGAAGACUUAGAUCUCUCCAUCAGUGAAAAAUGUGAAACAGAAUAUUUAGAAUUCAGAGAUGGUGCAGCUCGAUUUUCACGAUUAAUAAGUCAUUUUUGUCAGAGUCAGGACAUUCCGGAUACCGAAACUACAGACAGAUUUUUAUACAUAAAAUAUUUCACGGAUUUAACUAUACCGAGUAAUGGUUUUAAAUUGAAUGUAACUAUAGCGAAAUGUGGUGGUACUCGACGGGCAGCUGAAGGUGAAAUAUCGUCGCCUAAUUAUCCUGGCUCAUACGAGUCAAACAUGGAUUGUGAGUACAAAAUUAUCGCUGGACCCAACAAGCAAGUUAUAUUAAAAUUUAAGACGGUGAGCCUUAAACGCCGAUAUCCAGGCAAUAGAAUAGAAGGAGAUGUAGUAAACAACGAAACCUUCGACGACUCGUUAACUAUAUUUGACGUGGACCCACUAAACAAAACAAGGGUGAAGAUAUCAUCAAUUGUUGGUUCCGAUCUACCAUUAGAUGUUAUCAGAUCAUCUGGUCAAGAACUAAUUAUUAAAUUCAAAUCAUACUUUACAAACGGACCAUUUCGUAUGAACAACACACAAGCAAAAUUUUUAAUGUCAUAUGAGACUGAGUCUAUUGGUUGUUUCAAAAAUUACGAUGUUGAAAGUGGUGAAAUUAGUAGUCCUCUCUUCUCCACAUUGAAUAGUGAAUGGAUUUAUUGCAUGUAUAAGAUUAAGGUACCUAAAGGACGUAGAAUCACUGUAGAAAUAAUCAAAGGAAAGUCGCUCAAUCUAACUUGUGGCAGGAAUGUUCUACCCUUAGAAGACAUGUUAAACGAGAGACUCCAAGCUUACCAAAUUAAAGAUACGAUUUCUCAGACUGUUGUAUGCAUUGACCCUGUUAUUAAUCCAAUAUCAUCGAACUAUAUGUUUGAAUCAAUUGAAAACGAGAUGACACUGAUUUAUAAAAAACGUUUCAUAAAAGGUGAUCCCGAUGGUUUUCGAUUAAAAUUUUCAUCGGACAAACCUUCUAUUUGUGGAGGCAUAAUAGAUGCUAGCAUCAAAGGUUAUUUGGAAUUUCCUAUCAAACAUUUAACCAAGGGUUACUGCCAAUGGGAUUUAACAAACACUAAUGGAACAAUUGUAAUAUCUACUUAUUUCAAAGUCGAUGAAAGCCAGAUAUCUUGCCGAGAAUAUUAUCUUUUAUUGGCCACUUAUGAAGAUGACAGUGCAUUAUUAAAAAGAUAUUGCCCAAUGUCGAAUACAAACGACAAGUUUACAAUUCUAAGUCCAACGCCCAUGGUUAAGCUUUUGGUGCGAACAAACUUAAGGCAAAUUAACUUCACAGCGACAAUUGAGUAUAACGUUAAUUCAUGUGGUGGAGUGAUGAAUGGACAGAAAAUAACAAUAACUAGUACUAAUUAUCCUAAAAAUUAUGGGCAAAAUUUAAAAUGUGCCUGGUAUUUAAAACUUCCUGAAGGUAAUAACGUCGAUGUACGUUUUAAUGACAUUGACCUCGAAUCAUCGUGUGAUAAUAAUUAUGUUAUGUUACACGAUGGACCAGGUCCUGAAAGUCCUGUAUUGGGUAAAUACUGUGGUAACAUUUUGCCGGAAAAUUUAGUAGCUACUUCUAACAAGCUUUGGGUAGUAUUUUCAUCUGAAAAUGGAAAAAGUAACAAGAAAGGGUUCAAUUUAACUUUAGAAUCACGACAAAAUGGCUGUGGAAAUUUGUAUGUAGCGCAGGAAGGUGAAAUAUCUACUAGAAAUUAUCCAAACAUAUAUCCAAACAACGAAGAGUGUGAAUGGAUUAUAGCGGUAUUGCCGGGCCAAAGGAUUGGCUUGCAAUUUGUAGAACGUUUCUAUAUGGAACAAAGUGUAAAUUGUACUAAAGACUAUGUGCAGGUAUUUGAUUUCGUUAAUGAUAUUUGGAUGCCAAUUGGAAGUCGAUUGUGUGGUCGUCAAAUUCCACCACCAUUCAACUCGUCGGAAUCAAAACUCAAAAUUCGUCUACGAACUGAUAGUGAUACACAAGGCGAUGGCUUUAAAGCCCGGUGGAGUAGUACAUGCGGUGGAGUUUUCACUCAGAAUUCCGGAAAAAUUAUUUCACCAAACUAUCCAAAACAUUAUCCGAACAACAUAGAGUGUAACUAUACAAUAUCUGUCCCUGGAGAGGAAGUACAAUUGAUUUUUAAUUCGUUUGAUCUAGAAGCAGACCACGGGUGUCAUUAUGACAGGUUAACAAUAUACAACACCGCAGGCGUGUUGGACAAUCACACAGGAGAUUUCGUUGGCACGUAUUGCGGGACUAACGUACCACAUCCAAUGACAUUUAUGGAUAGUUUCACGAUGAUAUUCAAGACAGACGCUGAAUAUGCCUACAAUGGAUUUGAAAUACAAUAUCAUGCAGUUCAAAGAUGCGGAGGAGAAAUAACAAUUCCGGGGAUUAUUAAAUACCCAAUGACCAUUGACCCACUGUCGGGCACUUAUGAAUACCCGGAUAACGCAAACUGCACUUGGAUUAUACGAGCGCCUCCAGACCAAGUUGUACAGAUUAUAUUUACUAAAUUUCACUUGGAACGUUCAUCACAUUAUUCUAAUGAUAUAUCAGAAAAAUGUCCAUAUGAUGCUGUCGUUGUUUUUGAUGAUUCCUAUCUGACGAGUAAUAAAUCUCAAAAUUUUGGUAUCUUUUGUGGAGUUUUGGAUACAGAGUUACCAGAAUUUGUGUCUAAAACGAAUACUAUGUAUGUACAAUUUGUCAGUGAUUCAUCAAGAGGUGGUGAAGGAUUUGAGGCUGAAAUUAAAUUCACUUAUGAUGAAUCUCAUGGUUGUGGAGGUACUAUAAGGUUAAAUCAAUCAAAUAAUAAUAUGUCCAGCUAUACGCUGAAUAAUUCAAACAUUUCAUUGAGAACUGAUUUGGAUUGUGGAUGGCUAAUAUUAGUAAAGCCAUCGUACGUUGUGCAAUUUCAAGUGGCAAUUUACACAGAAACACCCAAAUGUCCUUCGAACGCAACAAACUGUGUAUGCAGUUCUAUUCAGAUUUACGAUGGUCCUGGACGUUCAGCUUUGAAAAUUCGUCAAUUCUGCCCAGGAAAUGUUGACUAUCCUUCAAUAUUAUCAUCUGGUAGUGAAGCUUUUAUUAGAUAUUCAAGCAUUGCAUCGGAUGUAAACACACGUUUUGAGAUAAAGAUAACAUCGGUGACAUCGAUUUGUGGUCCGAGUGCAUUGAUUGCGAACAACCAAUCACAAGUAUUAACGUCUGUUAAUUACCCAUUGCCAUAUAAUACGAACGAUUUAAUUUGUACGUGGUAUUUACAAUUAGAACAUGAAGGCCAAUCUCUUAUGUUACGAUUCACGGAUUUGAAUUUGGCGGACACCAAAGACUGCUCGUCUAAUUAUUUGGAAAUAAAAUACACGCCGUGGUUGCAAUGGUCGUACACUACUCUCCACUUAUGCCACGAAGACCAUGAAUUUAAUUUUGUGAGUAAGCCAUCGAAAAUAUUUACAUUGACGCUACAUACGGCAGUCGACCAAAAAACACCAAAAGGCUUUAGACUCGAGUACAUGGCUGCAGGAUGCUUAACAACAUAUACAAAACGCUAUGGGUAUAUUUAUCAUGGAGAUUUUCAACCAAUAUCGAAGGGAGAUGAAUGUAUAUUCACGAUAAACUUAGGUCAAUCAAAUUUAACAAUUUCUUUAUUUAUUACAAGGUUCGUUUUUAUGGCACAACGGAAGCGAUCAUCUUCGUCUAAUUACCUAAAAGUUUAUGAUGGGCCUUCAGUCUCAUCGCCACUGGUGACCACAAUUCGCGAUAGGUAUAGUACACCUUAUGCUGUAUUUUCAAUGGGCCCGUCGCUGACGAUGGCGUAUAAAAUAACAGAAGGUUGGGUUGGAUUAUUGGAUAUGAGUUACACGUCUACGGAUCAAGGUAGAGGUUGCGGCGGAAAAAUGUUCAAUAUGGAUGGUACGAUAAUGAGUCCAAUGUAUCCCAUGGUGUACAAUAAGAGCUCAACUUGCAGGUGGGAUAUCGCAGUUCCUAGACCAAAUGCAAUCAGGAUUCAGUUUAGAAAGUUCAACAUUGGUGAGCGAAGCACAUGCAACACCGAUUAUUUGGAAAUGUACAACGUUGAACAGUCGACUGGAAAAUCGUCAUUUGUUGCUAAAUACUGUGGUGGAGACAUUCCGGCGGAUUUCACCAGCAAAACGGGAGCAGUUUUCAUUCGCUACGUAACAUCCGUAAACAACACCGGCACGGGUUGGGAAUUGCACUUUGAUGGAAAAAGCCAGUUUUAAAACAAUUGUGUAUUGUUUGUAGCUUACUAAUUUAACAAAUAUCAGCAGUCGAUUCCGAUUAUAUUUAAUAUUUUAAUUAUA